GCGGUACUCUCGUCACCGUUGUCGUUCAUUCACUCAGAAUUCCGGUUCCGAGGCCUCGUUUCUAAACCGUUCUUGCAUUUUCUGCAAUCGAUUUCACGCUAAAGGUCUCCCCAUGGGGCAUCGCGAGACUUUUGCGAGCAGUUCUGUAAGUUCGAGCACCGUAUCGACGUUAAAGUAACUAGUACGCCAUGCGAAAACGCUCGUAAAUGUUCGUCGGUCGCGACGUUACUUUUAACUAGAAUUUCGUCCUUGGUUGAACAUGCGUGCGGUCUUGUCGAAAGUUCGUUUCAUGGGACACGUGUUGCGUCGAUGGAUCUUGUAAAGCCAGUGAGAACGAAUCGCCGAAAAUGCGUAACUCGGUCAGCGGGUUUGCGGGACGUUGUUGAAACGAUUCGAAAAGGAGAUGAUUAACGGAUGAUGGAAAUGGUGAGGGAAAAGCCACGACGACGAAGCGUAAGCGAAAUGCUUGACUGGAGGUGCAUCGCCAAGAAUAAAGGAAGCAUCAGCAUUGACGAUGCCUAUAAGGAUGUGCCCUUCCUCGAGGAUUACGACAAGGACCCGGAAAUGCGUCGCAGGAAACGUUCCGGCACUUGGCCGAGAACGAGAAGUCUGAAUGCACCGAAUCCUAUUCAACAGUUCGGCCCAUGCGGGCGUAUUAUGAAAAAUUCCGCAAUGGUCAUGACCAUACAGGACCCUGCCUCUCAGAGGCUGACGUGGUACAAGCCGCCUCUCACUGUUCUGGUCAUCAAAAAAGUCCGUGAUUCGUCGGUAUUGCCACCGUUCGUCCAAUUAGUCACCUGGCUAAUAGAAGAAAAACGGAUGGUAGUUUUCGUCGAAGCAUCCGUCUUGGAGGAUUCAGCCUUGGCUAGGGACCCCAGAUUCGAGGGUGUUCGAGACAGGCUGCAAACCUUCAGGGACGGUACGGACGAUUUGCAGGAUCGUAUCGACUUCAUCGUCUGUUUGGGUGGCGAUGGAACUCUUCUCUAUGCAAGUUUGCUCUUUCAACAAUCCGUUCCACCUGUAAUGGCGUUUCAUCUUGGUUCGUUAGGAUUCUUAACGCCCUUCGAAUUCGACAAUUUCCAGGAACAAGUAACAAAUGUAUUAGAAGGUCACGCGGCCUUGACCCUGAGAAGUCGACUGAGAUGUAUCAUCAUGCGGAAAGGAGAGGAGGGUAAACCGGCCAAACCACCGACAAAUCUUCUGGUGCUGAACGAGGUCGUGGUUGAUCGUGGCCCGUCUCCGUACCUCUCGAAUAUCGACCUCUUCAUCGACGGCAAACACGUGACCAGCGUGCAGGGUGAUGGCCUGAUCGUGAGCACACCGACCGGGUCGACCGCGUACGCCGUUGCAGCCGGAGCCAGCAUGAUUCAUCCUUCGGUACCUGCCAUCAUGAUCACGCCGAUCUGCCCUCACUCCUUGUCCUUCAGGCCGAUCGUUGUGCCAGCCGGCGUCGAGCUAAAGAUUUCUGUUUCACCCGACAGCAGAAACACGUCGUGGGUGUCCUUUGACGGUAGAAAUAGACAAGAGCUCUUCCACGGUGACAGCUUAAGAGUGACCACGUCUAUAUACCCAGUGCCUAGCAUUUGCGCGGCUGACCAAAUUACCGACUGGUUCGACUCUCUGGCAGAGUGUCUGCAUUGGAAUGUCCGCAAAAAGCAGAAACAUUUGGACGAGCUGAGCGAUCUGACCCACUCGUCCAGCAACGAUACGCUGGACUCGCUCGACCGCGACAGCUAGGCCAGGCAUACGAGUCACAACAGAUUGUGGCGAAAUCAGCGAUAUCAGCCCAAAUUCAAAGAAUCAGUGCAUUUUAUCAUCUUCGGGGUCUGAUACGAAAGUCAGUGACUCGUUACAGAAACCUCACGGAAAACACAUAUUACAUUCAUAGCCAUGCAUGGCCCUGUGUUUACACCAUCAUGAGAAUAGAAGAGUGACACCUCGUUAGAUAGUUGUUAUAAAUGCGAAAACUCAUACACCAUCAUCCAGGCACAAUAAUGGCGUUAAAUUAACACUGAACGAAAAUCAAAUUCUGCAAAUGGCGAACGGUAUAUUAAGACAAUCGUAAAAAGAAUUCAAGAUGCUGGGCAAGAAGGUCUUUGUCGAUAGAUGAACUACGUUGUAAGAAUUCUUGCUUAUUUACGGUGAAUUUGCGGAUACACGUUCCUGAUCGUGAUGUAAACAUUUGUAGGUGUAGCUAGCUAUAUGAAUUUGGUGCAUUGAAAAGCACAACGGAACGAUCGUAUCAAAUUUUGGUAUUCGCGUCAAAUUCAUAGCUGUACAAUUCGCGUACGUUCAUUGAAGCGGGGCUACAUAUUCUGAAAUAAAUUUCAUAAGUCUGUUAGAUCGUGUGUCUAAAAUGGGCUACGUUCGAUGAGAUUUGUAUUAGACACUUUUGUCUCGUUUUGAUUUCGCAAAUUUGUCUUUGAACCGGCCGUCAAAUUUGUUGUCGGGUUCUUAACGACAUUAGGUGCAAUCCUUCUUUCUUAUUUUGAGGAAAAACGUGUUCUAACUAAAAUUAACGCAUCGUUCGUUCGAGAGGAUGCAGCGCUCAAAAAUUGGGUACAAAUACAAAAAAGGGAUACUAAUAAUUAAAAUAUUAAAAAAGUAGUAUAAUAAAAUUCCUGUCAUAGGAUGACAGGAUCUUCUUCAUGAUAACUAUGAAAAAUAUUUUUGUGCAAUUCAAUCAUGAAUUGCAUUUCAUUUUAUGUAGUGGAAAAACGUAACAAGGCAACAUCCUUAAUAUUGUAUAUUACUGGGCAAUCAUAAUACUAAAUUGCUUCAUGAUGAAUUUAAAAACAGCGUUCCACAUUGAGCGAUCAUAUUUAUUUAUUACUACACGUAUGUGUUUCUUGAUGCAUUUUACAUCACCAGUUUAAAUGAAUUUUUUGCUUUAUACUCGGAUAUAAAUUCCGUUCAGUUUCUCAGAGCGAUUUACUAAUUGCAGUAAGCAAAGCACGCAGGCUCAGAUCAGCUAUUAAAAAAAAAAGAAAAUAAUUCGUUGUCAGUAAUUUUCACGUUUUGACAACGAAAAUGGUCUAAUUGUGGAUUAUUCUGUUGUAAAUGUUGAUUGUAAUUUCCUAUAAAUGAGAAUUUUUAAUAAAAUCAUUUUUGUACAGAA